AUGGCGUUGAAAUACUUCAAAGGUGGACAAAACAUUGAAAAGCCGUGGGAAAGAACGGAAGACGAGGCAGACGCCGCCGAGAUUUUCCCUAGGGACCAAUGUCUCAGAGUUUGGUUUUCGUCUCACUUUUCAUAACUCGACGGCUGCCCCGCUCACCCGGACGUCCAUCGAUCGUCAGUCUCAGCCUUCAGAAGCCGUCGUCGUCGUCUUCAGGACGAUGGCGUUCUACUUCGCUUUGCUCAACGUCUCCAAGAAGGAGGACCGCGGCGCCGUCUCUCAUCCAGCGCGUCGCCGACGACGUCAUUCAAUUGCUUCCGUCGAUUCGCCCAUCAACGACUACCGCCUUUUGCCGAAGUUUGUGGAUAUUUUCAGAACUUCUUUUUAUUUUUUAAAGUCAAUUUCAUUCUAAGUUUUGAAGUUUGACGAAUUUGUUUAAGCUUUAUGUAGUUGGUGCUAUUUUUUUUAACCUGAAAGAUUGUUACAAAACUUAUUUAUAGACCUAAAGUUGCAUCCUAACUUAACCCUUAAAGAGAGAGCAAAGAAAUUCCGAUCAUGGGCCUAGAAGAACUUGCACGGACGCGAAUAAAACUGAACCUUAGAAUAUCAACAGAACUAUUCAGACCCCACGUUCUCUCUGAUGACGUUGCAGCUGCUCCACCAUCCAAUCAACGUACAGAAGUUCCAGCUCCUCGAGAUAAUCCUCAACCGGAUCAAAAUUCCAAGCAAAAGUCCACGACCCGUCACCUCAACAACGGAGAUGGUCCCUGCACUUCUAGGUAACCUUUUUCGAUCUCAAGAAGAAAAUCGAAAUUACAGGUCUCACACCGACAUCCGGCACGACAACGCACCUGGAACCUUGGCUCGAAGUAAACGAAUGGCGUUUCCAGCCAACGAAAACGGUCCCAGCACGACAAAUCGACGCGAGAUCAAGCCGUCCAGCAGCUGCUUCACGAUGGGAGAAGUGAGGAAGAAGGCCAACGGGACCAGGUCAACGGGAAGAGGUCCGAAGAGAGAAGAGCGACAAGGAACUUCCAAGGAAGCCCAGGAAGCCGUUAGGCCGGCCCUGGUCAAUGGUCGGAGCUUGAAGGAUUUCUCUUCAAUCGUUUUUCUUUCCAGUGAAAAAAUCGCAUCUAUUGAAACGUGGAGGAUCCCCACAAGGGAGCACGACCAGCGAAAGCCGAAGAUCGAGUGGAAUGAGCAACGACAGCGUCGUCAGAAGAGGCGACAGUCCAGGUGAGCUCUGAAAAGUACUCAGCAAGAGCCGUUUUCUCAGCUUCCUCUAUCGAUUCCCAUCGGAGCGCGUUAGCUGGAGGCUCGGCUAGUCCGGUUCAACAGACGGCUAUGAAGGUUCUUUUUUCGAGAAUUUAGUCUUUUAAUAUUUUAUUUGAGCUUUCGGCCUUAUCCGUAUCAUCCAGGCUGAGCGAGCCGAGGUUAAAGAAAGUGACGUUUGAAAACUCGCCCUACGUCAUUUCAAACUCUUUUUUAGGUAACUUUUUUCUAACUUUUUGGAGAUUCUAUGUAGGAACCCAAAUUCCAGUGAUGCUCAAAAAUUUUUUUCUAGGAAAAUUGAUUUUAGCAAGGAUUUGCUGAAAAACUAUAGUCCGUUCUUCGCAAAAUGAAAUUACGGGACUUCUCUGCACCCUCCUCGUCUCUCGGCGACCCUCUCAUGUUCCUGUUCUAUUUCCAUGUGUCUCUAACCUCGCAAGUGAGGGAACAGAGAGACGCAGACACUAGUAGAAUGUCAAGAUGCGGAAAAAACGACUGAAAAAAAUUAUAUUUUAAAUCGACUUUUCCUUUGUUAGACUUAUUGAAGCCGUUGCGAAAAGAGUAUGGAGAGAUUGAAAAAUCUUGGGGAGACUCGAACCCUGACGCUCCUGACGCUAGAAAUGAGUCUUCGCCACUGAGCUACGCUUUCUUCGAGCUUCGUUCGGAAGUGUUGAAAACUGUCGCAAAAACGAAGCGGCCUUUAUCGAGUCUUCCAUUAUUAAUAGGCUAUAAAGACAUUUUAAAAUUAAAAAUGAAAUGAAACAAAAAAGUAGCAUAGAAAUAUUUUCUCAGCUGUUAGAGAUCUCGGCCGAAUUAUAGAAUAAUUGUAGUUGUUUAUCGGUUCGCAAAAGUGUCGUUGGUCAAGAACGGCGAGCAGUUCACCUUGCCUUUCUUGGGAUUGUCGUCUGAAGGGUUGAAGACGACCUUUAAAAAAAAGCAACUUUGAAGGAGAUCGAGCAGUAUUGGUGCGUCGCGGGAGUGGAACGGCCAUUCUGCGAAUGCCGCUCUACGACGAUCCAUCUCCGCCAACGCCGCGCGUUCUGACCAACACCGUCAGUUCCAAAAAUCGACUUUUCAAGCUUCGUCGAAAAUUCAGAAGAUGUUGCGAGGACGAGGCGCAGCAUGUGGCGACGGUUGGUGGACGCCGUCGGCCUCGGCGGAAGGUCACGUCGAAAAUCGCGUCAAUCGAGCCAUCGAACGCGCCAGCAAGUUGGUUUUCACCUUGUGUUUUUGAUUUUGAGCAGAAAUAGAGUUUGAAAAAUAAUCAAAUCUGACAGAAAUUGGUCUCAUCCACUGUUCGAAGUCUACUGGAAUUUGUGCCCUUUUUUUAACCAAUCAAAAAUUUUUAUUUCUCCCUCACAAAUACUUAGAAUUGACGGAGUAUGCUUUUUUAGAUGUUUUAUUUUUGCAUAGCCUAGCCUCAGUCACAUCCAUUAACUUGUUUCGCAACAAUAUAAUGAUUUUUCUUCUUCUCUUAUCGCUGCUCUUCACAUUUCAUUUCCAUAAGGAAUUUUAUAAAGAAAACGUCAAUCUGCCUCAAAACAGCUCAAUUACUCCUCAGACCUUCGCUGAAAAGACUUUUGCGAAGACGUUCGACAUCUGACCGCAACCGGAUCAUGGCAUAUCGCAACAACGGCUACCUCAACGCGUCGGAAGAAGUUCCGCACCAUGGUUCAUCCAGAAACUCCCUUUGUUUCUCCACAACUUCUGUUUGAGGCUCAAAGAACCUGAUGACGGUGUCCGUGGAUCGGCCGUCGUAUUCGCGGCAGGACUGA